GAAAAUCUCACGUACGAAAAUCAAAUUUUUUUUUAAUAGGUAGCAAUAUCAAAAAGUUGACUUAAUUCAUCCGGGCCUCGUCAUAUUCUCCGGCCCAUGGGCUGAAGCCCGAAUGAGUGACCGCAUAGCCCGGCCCGGGCUCAAGCCCGAACCUUACAUACCCGAGUUUCUGUUCCCCGUCCAUUGUCUCCGUUUGAAACAGUUUCAGUUUCUGCCUCUUUCGGCUGCUACGUUCUCUGAACUUCCAUUGACGCGCCGGCAAACAUCUUCUGCACGCUUCGUGUAACAGCAGAACCCAAAAUGCAUAAUGGGAGUUAUAUGAGCUGGAUAGCCAAUGGUUCAAUUCCUCAAGAGUUGAAAUCAUUAAGAUUUCACCUUUCUUACAGGAUUUGAAAGCACUUCUCUGCCUCUUUUUUGAGAAAAUGACAAAUGAGAAUACAACAGGCAUUGAGAUAGAUUAUGAAUAUGAAGAUUGCAGUAAUUCUAAGCGCCCAAAAAUGACUUCUAAAGUAUGGGAAGAAAUGCAGCGAAUUCAAACCACUGAAGGUAGUAAAGUUCUGUGCAGACACUGCGGAAAACUGUUGCAAGAUAACUGUGGGACUUCUCAUUUAAAGCGUCAUUUGAUCAUAUGCCCUAAGCGUCCUAAACCACUGGAUAUUAUUACUCAAGAUUCAAUGCCUACAGUGUGUUUUAGAGGUCCCAGUAGUGUCAAAGAUUCUGGAUUAAAUACAGUGCUUAUGGUUCGCCCAUUAAAGGUCGAACCUGAAUCUCAAAUCCCAUGUUUUUCUCAGACUCCAAAUAUUCGAGUUCCAACUGCUAUUGCAUCCAUUGAAAAUUCUCCCAGUCCCGUACAAGAACUACAUCCAAAAACUAGUUCUGCUCUUUUGCUGCCUAGCAUAGAAUCUCCCAAGAAUCAAGGGGAACUGACUCUGGAUGAUGUAGAAAUGAAAGCAUUUUAUGCUUCUCUUGAUGCCCAGACCUCAGAUAUGUCACCUUCCCAAGACACCGCUGUCAUUACUGAAUUAUCCAAUUCAACACCUUGUGAAGAGACCAAGAAAGCAUUGACAACGCUGAAGGACCUUCUUUGCAAAGACUUCUCUGAUCUAUUGCAUACUGGACAAUCUGGUUCCAUCAAAUCUGCCAUAGAAUACCUUUCCAAGUUGUCUGCAGAUGAUGGAGUCUCAGCAGAAAUGAGGUUGUUGAUAUUAGAAGUUUCAAGAGAAUUCACUCGCUGGAGUUGCGACUACAAUGAUGCCAGUAGGAAAAUAGAGUCUGCCAGCACCAACAUCUCGAAAGCAGAUAAACUAGAAGGAAAUCUUGAAGCUAACAAGAACGAGUUCAAGGAAGUUAUGUCCUUAGAAAAUGAGUUAAGCAACCAGUUAUCAUGUUUGGAGAAAAGGAAGAAAGAGCUAGAAGAGCAGAUAAAUGCAAUUAAAGCUAACAUUUCUGUUUUUCAAUCGGCUAAGGUAACAAGUACAAAGAGAAAAAGGGAAGUUUUUGAAGAAGCAAAGAUUCUGAAAGUACAAAGAGAUGAGUUGAGGGAACAAGUGCCUCACUUGAGAAAUGAGUUGGAAGUGGCCAAGAAAAACCAAGCUCAUAUUCGAGCUGAAUGGUCAAAGCUUGGAGAAAAAUUUAACAAAAGCUUGAAUGAGAUGAAUUGUGAGCACUUGCAUGGCAAAUCUAUCGAGGAUUGUCCUCAGGAAAAUUCCAUUUAAGAAUCUGAAUUUCAAUUUUAACUAAUAUCAAUGCCUUCAUACCAACUCCAUGAUGAGCUAAAAGUAAGCUCUGAUAUUUGUUAUACCUCUGCUGAAAAAUGAAGCAUUUUCACCGUUGAUUUUAA